UCGAGGCGGAGCUGAUGGCUGCACUGAGGGCGGGGCGGGGUGCAGCCUGGAACCUCCGGGGAUGGCGGGCUUUGGGGGGGGUUCACUCGGGGAAGGGACCCCUGCUGACCCCUGACCUCCGGGCCUUGCUGACGUCAGGAAUUCCUGACCCUCGGGCCCGAGUGACUUAUGGGACCCCCAGCCUCCGGGCCCGGUGGUCUGUGGGGGUCCCUGAACCACGGACGUGUCUGACGUCGAGGACUUCGGAUUCCCGAGCAUGGCUGGCUGUAGGGACCCCAGAUCCCAGGACCCAGGAGGGCUCAGGGACCCCUGGAACCCGUCCGCGUAUAUGGCUGGCGGUGGCGCUGGGCGCUGGGGGGGCAGUGCUGUUGUUAUUGUGGGGCGGGGGGCGGGGUCCCCCAGCGGUCCUCGCCUCGGUCCUUGGCUCGCCGCCCAGCUCUCCCCGGAGCCAGUACAACUUCAUCGCAGACGUGGUGGAGAAGACAGCACCUGCCGUGGUUUAUAUCGAGAUCUUGGGCCGGCACCCUUUCUCUGGCCGCGAAGUCCCUAUCUCGAAUGGCUCAGGAUUCGUGGUGGCUGCCGACGGGCUCAUCGUAACCAACGCUCAUGUGGUGGCAGAUCGGCGCCGGGUCCGUGUGAGGCUGCUCAGCGGCGACACAUAUGAGGCCGUGGUCACAGCUGUGGAUCCUGUGGCAGACAUUGCGACGCUAAGGAUUCAGACUAAGGAGCCUCUCCCCACACUACCCCUGGGACGCUCAGCUGAUGUCCGGCAAGGGGAGUUUGUUGUUGCCAUGGGAAGUCCCUUUGCACUGCAGAACACGAUCACUUCUGGCAUUGUCAGCUCUGCUCAGCGUCCAGCCAGAGACCUGGGCCUCCCCCAAACCAAUGUGGAAUACAUCCAGACUGAUGCAGCUAUUGAUUUUGGAAACUCUGGAGGUCCUCUGGUUAACCUGGAUGGGGAGGUGAUUGGAGUGAAUACUAUGAAGGUCACAGCUGGAAUCUCCUUUGCCAUCCCUUCUGAUCGCCUUCGAGAGUUUCUGCAUCGUGGGGAAAAGAAGAAUUCCUGGUUUGGAAUCAGUGGGUCCCAGCGCCGCUACAUUGGAGUGAUGAUGCUGACCCUGACUCCCAGCAUCCUUGCUGAACUACAGCUUCGAGAACCAAGCUUUCCUGAUGUUCAGCAUGGUGUACUCAUCCAUAAGGUCAUCCUGGACUCCCCUGCACAUCGGGCUGGUCUACGGCCAGGUGAUGUGAUCUUGGCCAUUGGGGAGCAGCUGGUACAAAACGCUGAAGAUAUUUACGAAGCUGUUCGGACCCAAUCGCAGCUGGCAGUGCGCAUCCGGCGAGGACCAGAAACAUUGACCUUAUAUGUGACCCCUGAAGUCACAGAAUGAGUGGGUCAGCAGGAGUAUGAGGCUCUUGCUCUGAUUUCCACCUUGCUUUCCUGGCCUAGGCUCUGAGGGUACCUGGACAGAGGAUUAAAUGAACCAGUGGGGGGCAGGUCCCUCCAACCACCAGCACCAAUCCCUGGGCUCUGAGGAAUCAUAAAAAUGCUUUUUAUAUAAAAU